AUGGCGCCGCAGCUGCCUAUCAUACACCCUGCCGCCUUGGACGGCGACGGCCUCCCUUCCUGGAAACCCAACCCAUUCUCCGCCGACCCUACCUUCGACAUGGGCUUCCUCAAGGCAGCCUUCGACGGCGACCUCCGCCUCGUCAAGAAGGCGGCGAAGGUGCUGGGAAGGGGGGCGGAAGGCCGUCGCCUCGCCGAGAAGCUGGGGGCAGUGAGGGACGGCAUAGGCAUAGGCUUACUGCACAUGGCGGCCCUAGGAGGGAGCCUGCCCGUGUGCCGCUACCUGGUCGAGGACAUCCGGCUGGAUGUCGAUGAUGUAGGCCCGAUGGGCGAAACACCUUUGACCUGUGCGAUUAGCCGUCAGAAUGCGUAUUUGGUGUGUUACCUUCUCGACCAUGGUGCUGAUACAGAGAAGCUCAACAGCGAGGGGUAUACGCCUCUCCAUUUUGCCACCAAUCAAGGAUACGUUGACAUAGUAGAGCUCUUACUCUCAAAAGGAGCUAACACUGAUGGACUAAGUCAUGGUGGGACAGCACUGCAUGUUGCUGCUAAUAAUGGGCAUGAUGAUAUUGUGAAGGUUUUGUUGGAUCACCAUGCAGAUCAUAAGAUAGCUUUGAGUGGUACUGAUUCUACAGCUCUUGUUAUUGCUACUGCCACGUGCUCACUAAAAUGUGUGAAGCUCCUGCUUGAGGCUGGUGCUGAUGUGGAUGGUAUUGGUAAAGAUACACCCUUAAUAAUUGCUGCCCUUGCUGGCUCGACUGACAUCCUUAAGUGCUUAGUUCUGGCUGGUGCAGAUGCUAAUGUUACUGACAGUUAUGGGCACACUCCUAUAGAAAUUGCUGCACGUUCUGGUAUGCGUGAACAUGUCGAAAUUCUAUUUCCCGUCACUUCUCGUAUUCCUAAAGUACGUGACUGGAGUGUUGAUGGAAUCAUUGGUAAUGUAAAAUCAGUGCCCUCAUCAAAGAAAACUAUGCUUGCUAGUGCAAAAUCUAAAGCACAUGAGGCAUUCAAGAAUGGGAAUUAUCUUAUUGCAGCAAGAAUUUAUGGAGAGGCAAUGGAGCUCGACCCUUUUAAUGCGACCUUGCGCUCAAAUAGUAGCCUAUGCUGGAUUCGCUUCGGUAAUGGGACGCAGGCCCUGAAGGAUGCUCAAGCUUGCAGGAUGAUGCGACCUGGCUGGGCCAAGGGCUGCCACCGUGAAGGAACUGCUCUGAUGCUACUGAAGGACUAUGAAAAGGCAUGUGGUGCAUUUCUUGAUGGUCUUAAGUUGGAGCCUGGGAACGUCGAGAUGGAAGACGGUUUACGGGAGGCCUUGGAGUCCAUGAAGAUAUGUGGCAAAAGGAAAAAAGGUUAG